GUCAGAAACUCUGCCUGCUUUAACGUUAUUUACGGUAGAUACGUAGAUGAAAGACCGCCCUCCCCACAAGCAGUGGUAUAAUUAAAGCAGUGCGUGCGGUUGAAACAGUCUGAUUUGAGAAUAAGGGUCUAGAUAAGCAAGUAGCUACUCUGUGUGCCCAACAUCAUUUUUAACAGUCUGUUUUGCUCUUUGAUUCUGUUCACAAUGGCACAGGUCAACAGAUGUCUGAAACAGCUGUUCUUUGGAUUCAACAUGUUGUUAGCGAUCGCAGGGUGUGUCCUAUUGGUUUUGGGAAUGAUCGCAGCACCACAUAAUACAGAGCAUGACCAAGGAGAGUCAAUUGGCUUGACAUGGAUUAUAUCGACUGCAGUUGUUUCUGUGCUGCUCUCUUUACUUGGAGCAUAUGGUGCAUACCAAGAGAACAUUGUGAUACUGAGAUUGUUCCUUGGAAUAAUAGGCUUUGGAUCAAUCCUUUUUCUUAUUUUGGGAUUUAAGGUGGCUCGUUCAAUGCCUGAGGACAUGCAACUGAUUAAAGAAAACCUCCCUGCAAUUACAUCAGAAAUGAUGGCUGAUGCAGAGCAGCGACAAACUAUCAUGGCUCUACAAGUACAAGGUAAGUGUUGUGGAAUAAUGAGUUACAGAGACUGGGAUAGCAAUAUUCCAGAGACCUGUCAAUGUUCUAGUUUCAAGUCAGACCCAUCCCAAUGUAUGGAGGUUCAAAUUACUAAAGAUGGCGGCAACUGGGGAAGAUCUGACCAAUCUGAAAUGAUGUGGAUCUACAGAGAGCCCUGUGGUCCUCUCAUCUUGGAGAACUUCGACUCAGCUUUUAAGUCCGUACUUGGAUUCUUCCUUGGAUUCGGUUUGUAUGCUUGUAUUGGGCAAGUGUUAUCCGGCGUGAUGAUUCGUGAGGUCAAGAAGGUGCAGUCUACUGACAUCCCUGAGACUAUAGAAGAUGGACAUCGUUUCACACCGCAAUUCCAGGCAAUUCGCCAUGUGGAGGGAGUUGAACCGACGACCUUCUACCCAUAACCAGGGUUGAGGUCAGGGUUUCAGUUUUUGGCAUCCUGGCAAGCGGCGAGGAGUAGAAGGUGCUUGAACAACGUGAGACGAGGUGCAACCAGAUAAAGAAGAUGAGUGUUCGGCAACGAAAAGGCACAACUCACUGCUCACAGUUACAAAUGAUGUCGUUUUGGAGUCACUGUUAUUGUAAAUCAAAUAUGUUUUAAUUAAUAAUCAUGACAGAAUCGUGAGUAACGAUGAGUGAGAAACUUACGGAGGCGCUAAUAUCACAACUCACUGGUCACAGUUAUAAACAUGACGCUUCCUUUAUCUCAUUUGUGUAUAACAUUCUUUUUUAAAAUCAUAAUAAAGUUUGGUCUAUCCAUA